CCGGAAGUGUGUCGCUUGUUGUGAGUUGUCGCGGUCGUCGUCGCUGCUCCUCUUCCUCUUCCUCUUCCUCCUGGCUCUAAUGGCGAGCUCCACGGCUCCGGGUCGGACCGGACCGGGACUCUGGUACCCGGGGCUGCUCCUGCUGCUGCUGUCCGGGCAGAGCGGGCCGGUCGGUGCCGUGUCCGAACCCGGGAAAUGGAUCCAGAAGAUCGACAGCGAGAUUCUGAAGAAGCAGAACUUCUUCUACUUCACCAAAACUCUGUUCAACAGCAGCUUCAUCCACCUCAAACUGGUGUCAGAGACGUGUAACGGUUCGUUUCCCGUCCAGCUCAACGUGUCCUGGUAUCUGAGGAACUCGCACUGCUACGAUGAAGUCUUCAGCCACGACACAUUGAAGGCGGAGGGAGGUUACUUCAGGUCGACGAAGGUCAUACCAGGAGGAGGAAGUGGAUAUUACGUCUUCCACCAGUAUCCUGCCAUCACCUGCCAGCCGCAAAUCAACCCCAACACGUUCGGCCUGGAUGUCUUUGAGACGAGAACACGUCUGACGGAGCUGCCGCCGCAGCAGCAGCCAACCACAGCGAAGGCUUCAAGCAGGGAGAGGAGAGAGCUGAACCCUCCAGAACCAAAGGCUGCUGCAGUAAAGGAGGAAGGAGCUUCAGCAGAAACAGGAGGAGCUGCUGAUCAUCGUAAAGAGGUUGCUUCUCAUCAUCACUUCGACGCGGUGGCCGAGAGCUGGGAGGACGGACCCUACAUGUUCAUCCUGCACAUCCGAGAAAUCAAAGACAAGAGCCGAGUCCCCGACCCCGCGGCGGCGGCAGCAGCGGCCGCAACUUCGCCCUGGAGUCUACAGCUGCAGAUCAGCAUGAAGGGUCCUCAUGACUACAUCUCCGCCUCUGAAUGGCCUCUGAUGGUGUUCUACAUGGUGAUGUGCAUCGUGUACGUGCUGCUCGCCGUGCUGUGGUUGCUUCUGUCGGCGUGUUACUGGAGGGACCUGCUCAGGAUCCAGUUCUGGAUCGGCGGCGUCAUCUUCCUCGGCAUGUUGGAGAAAGCCGUCUACUACGCCGAGUUCCAGAGCAUCAGAUACGACGGCCUGUCAGUCCACGGGGCGGUGGUGUUUGCCGAGGUGCUCUCUGGGGUGAAGAGGACUCUGGCCCGAGUGUUGGUGAUCAUCGCCAGUCUGGGAUACGGCAUCGUCAAGCCCAGACUCGGUGCGUUGCUCCACAGAGUCGUUGGCGUCGGUCUGCUCUACCUGAUCUUCUCCAUCUUCGAGGGGAUCCUACGAGUCAACGCUCAUCGAGGUGACAACAGCCUCACUAGAUUUUUGUGUGACGUUGUUCUGGCCUUCACUGACUCCUGUAUUGUCUGGUGGAUCUUCGUGAGUCUGGCUCAGACGAUGAAGCUGCUGAGGCUGAGGAGGAACGUGGUGAAGCUCUCGCUCUACAGACACUUCACCAACACGCUCAUCUUCGCCGUCAUAGCGUCGGUCAUCUUCAUCAUCUGGACCAUCAAGACCAUCAGGCUGUCUAAAUGUCAGUCUGACUGGAGGGAGCUGUGGAUCGUUGACGCGUUCUGGCGCUUCCUGUUCUCCACCAUCCUAUUGGUCAUCAUGUUCCUAUGGCGACCGUCGGCCAAUAACCAGAGGUACGCGUUCAGUCCUCUGCUGGAUGAAGAGAGCGAGGAAGAGGAGAAGGAGCCGAUGAUGAACGAGGCUUUCGAGGGGAUGAAGAUGAGGGGCACGAAGAACGAGACCAACGGUUCGGUCAAAGCCAGCAAAGUGGAUGAAGAUCUGAAGUGGGUAGAAGAGAACAUCCCUUCAUCAAUGGCAGACGUCGCCCUGCCGCCCCUGCUGGACUCUGAUGAGGAAACCAUGACGACCAAGUUCGAGAUGUCCAAGAUGGAGUGAAGCAGAAGUACGAAACGUGGAGCCGGACGAGCGUGAUUGAUAAAUAAUACAGAUUUAAUAACGGCGUGAAAGUUGGCGUGAGAGAGGAAGGUGGCGUGAGCGAGAAAGGAUGGCUGAAAAGAGGAAGGGGGGCAGACGAACUGAUGGAUGGAUGGAGGGAAGAGAGGAACGAGUGUCGGUAUGUGAUUCAAUCCCUGAAUUUAUGAGCUUUGUAAGCCUUUGAUUGUACAUACACGGGGAGUAAUAUCGAUCACAGCGGCACACGGAUCCUUUUUAUUUUUAUUGCCUGUUUGUAUUUAUAUUUCUAUAUAUACAGUAUAUUUUGACAGAUUUGAUGUUAACGAAGCGGCUCGUUUUUUUGCCUUUUCACUGUUUACAUGCAGAAAUGUGAUUUUUGGGGAUUUUCGUCAGUUUUUUCGUGUUUUUUCACUGUUGCCUCGAUGAGAGCUCCGCCCCCCCCACUCCCCUCGCCGUCACCGCUGUUCUGUUGGGGUUUUGUGUCUUUACAUUGGCGGACUAACGCUACCUGUAGGUUUCAUCUGGAUCCUUUCAACCUGUAAAAAAAGAAACCAAAGUUGUGGCUGAAUGAAUUUCUGGAUUAUUUUCUUACAAUUAAAACUCUUCACGUUGAGAUUCGGAUGUUUUGACUGAUUAAAAAUGACUUUAUUUUGUUGUUUUACUUAUUAUUUAAGACAUAAAGGGCCGUUGCUGCAUCUGGCUAAUUAAAAUCUGUUAGAAAUUCGAUAUUUUUUUAGACAUUCGCAAUCACCACUGAAGAAUAAAACAUCACUCUCCACCAGACUCCAUAGAGAAAAUUGGCAGUUUGGACUCUCAGAUCAUCGUAACUUCAUUCAAAGUGGACAGAAACAAAAUAAAACUCAUUAAAAGCGUCUCUGUUAGUGUUUCCAACAAUCACCAACUCUCGUUUGGUGGAAAUAAAUCCUUAAUUCACCGACGUAGAUGAGAAAAUAGCUGCAAAACGUGCGACAGUGACACUAAAACAUUGACAAUAUGCAAUUUCUGAACUUCUAUUUUUCUAUCUUCAUCAUCACGGAUUAUUAAUUAUCGCUGUUACUGAUUUACAAUCUAAUUAACUUGAAUAAAGGAAGCAACAUGCGUGUUAUUCUUGCCAUCACCAGCAAAGCAUUUGUGGUGAAAUAUCAUAAAACUUAGAAAAAACAAACUUCUUAUCCCCUAAAUUCCACCAGAAGCGUCCCUCCGUUCUGCUCUAUUCGGGGCUAUUUUUGAUCGCACUGGCAGGAAGUUGAGACACAGUAACGGCACAGAGUCAAUUUUCUAAAUAAAAUAUCGUGUGCAGACUUUGUGUGGAACUUUGUGAAGUCAGCGCAGAAACGUUUCGUGAAGACGCUCUUGGUGGGAUUACAAAGCCGUGCCCGGUGGAAUUUGGGGGUUACGGGAGAUUGUACAUUGCACAUUCAUCUUAUUAUGUCACUGCAACAGAAGGAUUUUGAAGCGGUUAUUUUAAGGUAGAAAAGCUGCAUAAUGUUACUUUAAGUUAGCGUAAACAAAACUUAUUCCCGCCGUUGUCUUUUUAGUGAUUGUAGUUAAAUUACGUGAGAAAGACGAAACCCCCAAAUUCCACCGGGAACGGCCACGACACGCCACUCGUGUCAAGCGACACAGAGAGGAAGUCAGACACAGAGACGGCAUAGAGAAUCCGGUCAACUUUCAAAAUAAAAGCGUGCAGCAGCUAGGUUUUUCCCUCUAGGAUGUUGUGAGUUAUUUUAGCGGAUUGUUGAGAUAAUUGUAGCCCUUUUUAGGUGAAAAUUGCAAAAAAAAACACAAUAUAAUAGUUCAUUAAAAAUAGAAGGCAACUUUGAGUGAGAAUAAAAGUGUUUUAGUAGUUUUAUAUGAAGGAUCUGUUAUGAUUGGACAAAGUAGGACUUCCUGGAUGGACUGUUUGUUUGCUGUAUGUCCACUUACUUCAUCCACUCAAACACUCACACAUCCUGUCGCAGCCUCGUGUGUGUGCAGUGUUUCCUCUGACCGCAGCCAUUAUCGCUGCGUACAGCCGGCGGCCAGCUCCCUCGCUCUCUCUCUCGCUCUGUGAACAUAUAGACUUCCCUGUGUGUGUGUUAAGUGACAGUGACUCGUCCGUACAGACUAAACACUCUGUACAUCAUCGGGUUGAGCCACGGGGGGAAAAGUCCGCUCCCAUCAGCCUGCAGCAGCUCGCUCGUUAUCAAGAUGUUUAAAGCCGAAUAUCUGCAGAUUCUCUGUUUUCUCCCACAAUGAAGCGGACCUAACACGUUUAGAUAAGAUGUGUCUGAGUUUCAUAUUUAAAAUCCAGAUAAAUGUGUCACCUACAGACUAUUAAAUCCAAGUGUUACCCACAAUCAGAGUCCAGAUAUCUGCUGGUGAAAGCACAAGUUUGUUUAUUUGUUAAAUUGAGAUGAAAACUAAAAGUAAUGACUUGCUUCUUCUUCGGGUUCUGGACGGAAACGUUGAGGCGCUGAAGUAAUUACACUUAAUUCAAAGCCUUUGUAAUUACUUCUGAUGUUAAUUUUGUAUCAAUUUUUUGGGGAGAAACUCUUCGGUUUGAUGCCUCCGCAGUGAAAUGUGUCUCACAUAGCAGGAAGAGCUUGAUUAUGUAAAGAGCUGUGCUUGUUUGGUUUGUAAAUAAAUCACAAGUUAAUAAUAAAAACUUGAAUUAUUUGCUUUA